AUGCUCUAUAUUUCAAUCUCUUUUCUCUCUCUUGAUCAUGCUCUAUAUUUCAAUCUCUUUUCUCUCUUUCAAUCUAUAUUUUCUUUUUUUCUCUCUCUUGAUCAUGCUCUACAUUUCAAUCUCUUUUUUCUCUCUCUCUUGAUCAUCUGUAUUUCAAUCUCUUUUCUCUCUUUUGAUCAUGCUCUAUAUUUCAAUCUCUUUUUCUCUCUUUUGAUCAUGCUCUAUAUUUCAAUCUCUUUUCUCUUUUUGAUCAUGCUCUAUAUUUCAAUCUCUUUUUCUCUCUUUAUUUCUAUUUCAAUCUCUUUUCUCUCUUUUGAUCAUGCUCUAUAUUUCAUUCUCUUUUUCUCUCUCUUGAUCAUGCUGUAUAUUUCAAUCUCUUUUCUCUCUUUUGAUCAUCUUAUAUUUCAAUCUCUUUUCUCUCUUUUGUUCAUCUCUAUAUUUCAAUCUCUUUUCUCUUUUGAUCAUGCUCUAUUUCAAUCUCUUUUCUCUCUUUCAAUCUCUUUUCAAUCUCUUUUUUCUCUUGAUCAUGCUGUAUAUUUCAAUCUCUUUUUCUCUCUUUUGAUCAUGCUCUAUAUUUCAAUCUCUUUUCUCUCUCUUGAUCAUGCUCUAUAUUUCAAUCUCUUUUUCUCUCUUUUGAUCAUGCUCUAUAUUUCAAUCUCUUUUUCUCUCUUUCUUCAUACUCUAUAUUUCAAUCUUUUUCUCUCUUUUUGA